CUGAGAUCUGCAAACCCCAGUCGAUCUCUUUUAGGGAGGUUCACACUUUAGGCGCUGUGAACCUGCGGGGGGUUCACAGCGUCUUUGUGACUUUGACGGUUCUCCGCUGGAGAACCCCCAAUUGCCUAUUUGGGAAUGAUCGCGCGAACGCGCGGCCGCUGCAGGCCCCUGAGCUGCCAGUUGGCUCUCUCCUCGACCGCCACCAACUGCUGCUGCCUGCGCGCGACGACCGCCGGCGCCAUGCGAGUCGUUGACCCACCAAACCCUGCACCACCUCUCAUCUUUCACUUCAGCAAUAUCGAUCCUGCACUUCUCACAGAUGCCGCAGGCCCGCCGCUUCCUUUCCAACCACAAAACCUGCCUUAUGGGGCACCAGGGUACCCACGAGCUCGAGAAGACGAUGCUCGCGCCGGGAUGCAUCUGCAGUCACAGGCCGAUGGUGUGCAAGGUGGAGAUCGGCCGCCGGCAGAGAUGGAGCCAAGCAUGGCUGUUGGUGGGGAAAAGCGAGGUCGGGACAAUGCAGCUGCAUCGGCUGAUGAAGGUGUGAGUGCGAAGCGUGCCCGGAGAGCGGGAGGUACACUGAUCGCACUGACAUACUCUGAUAUGCGCACAGAGGAGCUGAAAGCUCUCUGUCGUGAGCGCAAGCUCUGUGUCAGUGGUAGGAAGGCUGAGCUUGUGCAGUGACUUCAGAUGGCCGACUUGACAGCCACCACUGCACCUAUGCAAGUGACUGCUACCAUGGGAGAUUCCACGGCAGCCUCAGUGACCACCUCCAUGCCAUCUGACUGUCCUGCACCUUUGGUCAGUGAGCAAGAUGGCAGCAGCUCUGACAUCAAUGACGCUUCCAGCAUUGAUCCCAUGUGUGCUGGUGGACUCCUGGAGUCCUUCCGAGCAGGUUUCGAUGGUGAUGAAGAAGAGGAG